AUGCCUUCCAUUUCCUCCCUUAUUCUUCUAUUCCUACUUAAAUCCACCCUGGCAGUUGAUUGUAACCUGACCUUUUGGCCACAUUUGACAAGGAGUGUUCAACUUCCUCAAUCAUACUCAAAAGCACUCCCUAAUGUAUCCAAUGCCGCUCAACAACCAACACUAUUAGCUGGCCAAGUCAUGAGGUUUAAUAUCAACUGCUCCUGUUGUAAAGAUAGGUCCUGGAUUAAGAAGGAAUUCCCCGAGAAAGGGAUGCUUUUCUAUCGGAUUUUCGCAGAAAAUCGCUACUCUACUAUCCUCUCUCGACAACCGAAUGUUGACCCUGUUAUAAGAAGUCGAUUUGAAUCUGCAGGGGACAUGUCAACCAAGUAUCGGGAGUGUAAGGACUUUCCCCUCUGUGCAAUCUUGUACACUCCAAUAGUCGAUGGUAAACAGGCAGUUAAUUAUCCCUUCUGGGUUGAAGCAAAUUUGAUUGGACGGUCUGGUAUCAAAGUCGAGUUGGUGUGGGUGAACGCCACGUUACCAGAACGACCAGAUGACAUUCCGUUGCCUUCAGCAUUGAGUGAAAAGGAUAUCAAAAAGAGGAAGAAAAACAGCUCAAGGAAUACAAAGUUCACUUUUGAACUUAUUGCUGAGGCUUACGUCCGGGGUGGAAAUGAUUCAGUCUCCCAUGUGACUGUUUUUCUCAAACCUCAGAUAUUUUACACCAUCUUUGAUUGGUCUGUUUUCUUCGUUGCCGGAACUAUUGCGCUUUCAGCAGGAUGCAAUAUUGAUCCGUCAGCUUUUGUGCGACAAAUUAAAAGAAAACCUCUCGCUGUGGCAGUUGGACUAUUCAUGCAACUUUUCAUCAGUCCUUUGAUUGGUUUGCUCGCGGGAUACGCGAGUUCUUUAUCGAAGGAGAAGAUUUACGGGCUGUUUGUGACCACAACUCUGCAAGUUGGCACUUGCGCAUUGAUUAUCAUCUCCCUAUCAGAUUGUCACGAGCAAUUUGCUCUUGCCAUUGCUCAUCUGUCCAAUAUCUUGAAUCUCGCCACAGCACCAUUGUGGAUCUACACAGUGGGAACGUAUGUACUCAAACAAGAAAUAUACCUGUUGAGAUUUUGCGGUUUGAUUACCCUAAUCUCCUUAGUUCAAAUGCUCGGUUUUCUCCUUCGAUAUGCGCGACCAUCAAUAGCACACGGAGUACUAACAUGGUUUUCUCGACCAUUUCUCCUUCUUGCCGGUAUACUCUUCGUCACUCUAGGUGUAUAUAUCAAUCAAUACGUCUUCCAAGCUCCACAACAAAUAGCCUACCUACAACACGUUGGCGUUGCUCUACUUAUAAUGCUCACAAUGAGCUACGCCUGUGCGUGGCUAGCUGGUCUACUACUAAACAUCUCCGUUCGCCGAACUCGAGCUCUGGCCAAUCAAGUAUCAGUAUAUCAAGGUCUUCUUGCCAUCCCCUUACUGAGGAUUUGUGUUCCAUCGCCUGAAGGUGAGCAAGUUUCAGCGGCUGCAUUGUGGACAGUUUUUCUUACUCCUGUACCACUAAUCUACAAUGAAGUUCUUAAGUUUUUGAUCCGAACGGGAAAAUCUAUGUACAAAGCUCACAAAAUGCGGAUGCGAAAACGUGGCCCAACUGCAAUGCUUUGUGCAGACUCGCUUGCAGCAGUGGCCUUUACUUCAAUGCUUCUUCCGGAUAAUGUGGAGAUUAAGCACAAGAGUACAAACACUUCCGAUGCGCUACCCUUUGACGAGGCAUCUAACAGUACAGUCAAUUCGGCCCCUGUAGCUUCUCGGAAAUACAAGAGAACUUUCGUGAGACCUAACAGCUCUGCACUUUUAUUCUCAUUUAAAGAAAGUUCCUGUGAUGCUGAGAAUAGGGAGAAAAUCAUAGAAGCCCUGGCAAGGAAGGGUGGAGCAUCGCUCAGCGAGAAACGAGGACGCAAGAACGGUCGCAUGGGACCGCAUCCUCGAUCCAUGGACGAUGGAUUUGGCGGAGGAGUCACGCCCUCCUGGGGACCUGAAACUGUACCCUACCCUCCACCCUCUAGUAAACCCAUAUUUUGA